AUGGCCCCCAACUCUUUUGAUAUGGACCUCGACGUCCUGGAUCGUCACGAACAAGAAACAAUCUUACCCGCUUUUAACUCAGAUGUGGCUUGGGAAAUUGGCUCUAUUAUCCGCCGUCGAGCACAGAGUCACGCGGCACCCAUUGCCAUCAACAUUACCUCCAUUUCAGGUCACCUUUUUUUCCACGCGCUUUCCAAGCCCGGUACCAAUCUUGACAACCAGGAAUGGGUCGAACGUAAGCGUCGUACCGUCAUUCGAUUUGGCCGCUCAUCUUUCUACAUGGGCUGCAAGCUGCGCCGUCAAAACAAAUCGCUAGAACAGGCCUUUUUUAUCGAUGAAAAGGACUACGCCACUCAUGGCGGCGGGUUCCCCAUUCGCGUCCGUGGAACUGAGGGCAUUGUUGCUGUUAUUUCAGUCUCGGGUCUUCGUCAAGAUCUUGAUCACAACCUGAUUUACGAGUCACUCAAAGAGUUUCUUCAAAAUUACCAACGUCAGCAACAACAGCAGCAACCUCAACCUCAACCGCAGCAGCAGCAACAAAUCCCCCAGCAACAGCAACAGCAACAGCAGCCUCCAAUUCAACAAGUCUCCCAGCAAAUUCCUCCUCCUCAAAACAAACAGCAGAUUUCUCCGCAACAACAGCAACAACCCAUCCAUCAGGUUCAGUCCAUGCCCCAGACUUCUCAUCAAGGCUAUAACCACCACCAGAUUCCUCAGUAG